AUGCCUGACUCCAACAUGAAGCAUCUCACCGGUGUUUUCCGAGCAACAGACAACCACAAAGUCACGCGCAAUCGGAAGCCUGUCUCAUGUAUGGCGUGUCAGAAACGCAAGUCGAAAUGUGACCGUGGGAAGCCCUCUUGCGGUGCCUGCCACAAGCGUGGCGAUCCAAGAUUGUGUGUAUAUGGAGAUGCAAAUGGAUUCGCAGACAAGGAAGAGAUGCAACUCAGAAUGGCUCAACUUGAAGAGAUCGUGAUGCGUCUGGCCAAGGCUUCAGAAGCUUCAAACGUCCAUCCCAGCAUUGCAGUGGCGGAGGAUACGAACUUGCCCUCUCCGCAGGUAGUUGAAGAGGGGUCUGACGCUACAUACCACGGAGAAACAUCUUGGGAGGCCGUGUUCAAGAGCAUUCAUGAUAUUCAGAGUGUUCUCAGUACGCAAGACGAGCCCGAUCAUAACGGCGAGCCUGACACUUUACCCCCUGCGCCAGAUAUUGCAAUGGGAGGAAUCUCCCCAAUCUCCAUGAGCGAGAUUCUCAACAGCGUCCCAUCUCGUCAAGAAGCCGACAUUCUUGCCAAAUCAUACUUCCAGGCCAAGUUCCUCGCAGUACCCUUCAUUCAUGAGCGUCAUUUUUGGCGGCGUUAUGAACUUUUCUGGGCUUGCCCUCACAAUUCCAACUUCUUAUGGCUGAGUAUAAUGUUCUCAGUUCUCAGUCUAGGUACAAUGGUGUGCAAAAUCCAGCAACCCCAUCUCGCGCCGCUUCAAGGGCCAGAUUUCUACAUACAACGCUCUGCUCAAUGUCUGAUUACGGGAGAGUAUCUCAAAGCUAGACCAUAUUCCGUCGAGGCACUCACACUGUAUGCUCAUACGGUCAACGCCCAGAGAAAGGACUCUGAGGCUACCAUAUGGUCCCUCUAUUCACUCGCCGUUCGGCUUGCUCAGCGAAGAGGCUAUCACCUCGAUGCGGCGAGAGUCUCGCCAAAAAUCAAACCCUUUGAGGCUGAGAUGAGAAGGCGAACAUGGUUUACUGUACAGACUUCAGAUCUACUUUUCUCCUUCCAGCUCGGUAUGCCCCCUAUGGUGUAUCAAGAAGUCUGCGACGCCGGGCAUCCUCGAAAUUUAUCAGAUGAUGACUUUGACGAGGAUUCGGAAGUACCCGAGUCUCGCCCCCCAACAUAUCCCACUCCUAUGUUAGCAUGGCAGACAAAGUCUCAUCUCUGCCGUUUACUACGCCGUGUUCUCCGCCAUGUUCUUCGAGUCGAGUCUCCGUCUUACGAGGAAACUGUGGCUCUCCAAGCUGAGUUGGAAGUAUACCACAACAGUGUCCCUGAAUGUCUGCGCGUUCGCCCCAUCGCCACCACUCCAUUUGAUAUUCCGGCAUAUACCAUCAUGCACAGAUUAAUCAUAGAAGUGUCAUAUCUCAAGACAAUCUGUAUCCUCCACCGGCCUUACCUUACUGCCGAGAAGAACCAGGAAAUGUACAGAGCCUCUCGUGAACUCUGUCGAACUGCCGCUCUUCGGAUUAUCGAGAUUCAUCUCGAGUUUGAGCAUGAGAUUCAAGAAGGGGGCCGCAUGUAUGAAGACCGCUUCUUGCUCUCGAGCCUGACUCUGCACGAUUUUCUUGUCGCGUCUAUGAUAUUAUGUUUGGACCUUCACGAGUCAACCGACAUAACGCCACAAAACCGAAGACAACGCACGCAGAUACUAGAACACACCUGCCAGACAUGGGAAACUCGAGCGAGUCACUCCAAAGACGCAAGACACGGCGCAAAGGUCAUCAGAGCGAUUCUAAAUCACACAACGACACCAAGUGGAACAUCUAAAGUGAAGACUAUGGGUAUGAUGAACACAGCAAAUUCCCACAGAGAGUCCACUUCAAGCAGUGAUAUCCAAGACUUUACGAUGGCAUAUUUUGACUACCCUACUAAUUGUGAAGAAUUCUUCCCAUUGAACAGUUUCUUCGGCCCCAACGAUGGCUUCGAAUGGGUUAGUUCCAGCUCGACCCUACGCCCUUUGACUCCAGUGCUCACUAACAACAAUGAGUUUUCCAUUGGUCAAUCCUGA